AUGGAAGGAUCAUCUUCAGACAGAGCUUUUAUUGCAUUCUUGGUGAACUGUUUUUGCAACCAUUGCCAAUAUAGAAUGCAGCUUUCCAUCUCGGAAGUAUCAAAAAUAUUAAGAGAAUUACCCCCAAUAGAUCCUGUCAAUCUUUACAGAAAACAAUACGGAAAUCUUGAAGGUUGUUUAAAAAACCCAGGAGUUUCAAGAGUCUUUUGGCUGGAUUCCAUGAUGAUAAAAAUUCGUGAUAUAAAUGACCUUAACGAUGCUGCAAGAGCUGGCAUAAUUUCUAAUGCAGAUGCUUCAAGAUUGAUAGAAAAAAAUGCAGAAAUAGACCUCCUUCAAGCAGAAGCAAGACUUCGCGCAGGUAUUCACUAA